CUUUUUCUUUUUCAAUUAGAUGUUCAUGUAUGUCUUUGAACUCUGACUUCUGCUCACUUUGGUCUACAAAAAUAUUGCUUCAGGUCCUGUCAAACUCUGUAUAUUGGACUAAGAAUGAAUUUACUCAUCUGAGAAGGAAAUUUGAGACUGUGGUGCAGAUGGAGAGGAGGAUUAUUAAGCUUGCAAGUAGAAACUGAAAGGGAGCCAUAACCUAUCCCAACUUAUCUCCUUCAGUUGGAAGUUAACUAGUUGAAGUUUUCUAUGUUUAAUCAAUGUUGCUUUAGAAAAAUUGCGAGUGGCAGCAAUGGAGAUGGGUUUAAAUGUGGAUGAGUUUGGAUUUGAUCCCAAAUGCAUUGACUGGGAAGAUUACUUCAUCAACAUUCACCUUCCUGGCCUUGUACGAUAUGUAAUGAAACAGUAAAUUUGGCCGUCAAAUACUUUAUAUGCUACUCUCUCUUAGUUGAUAAUUGGUAUAAUGUAAUUGACUUUGAAUGUAACGUCUUAACGAAUAAGAAGAGUUGUAUGCAUAAAAAAGAAAGAAAAAAAAAGCAUUUAAUGUACCAGUUUGGGUAGCUGGUUUUUAGAAAACAUUUUAAUUAAAUAAAACUUGUUUUUGUGU